CUCCUCGGAGUAUUGUGUUACUCACCCUGCCUGUGAGUUUAACCAGCUGUCAGGUCGUGUUGCUGCUCUAACACUUAUGUUUUGUGUCAGUAUUUCCUCGUCACUGCGUUCAUAAUAAAGUCUCCGUGUGUCAAAAUGCCCAGAGGAGGUAAGAAAGGUGGCCACAAAGGUCGCGUGCGGACGUACACCAGCCCCGAGGAGAUAGACGCGCAGAUGAAGGCAGAGAAGGAGAGGAAAAAGCAAGAGCAGGAGGCGGAUGAGGCGGGUGCAGCUCCGAAUGACUUGGCAGAGGAGAAGUUACCAGCGUCAGGAUCAGAGGACAGCGAUGAUGAAAACUCCCUGAGGAGGAGAGCGGGUGUGGAGGGCUUGAUAGAAAUCGAGAACCCCAACAGAGUGGCUCAGAAGUCCAAGAAGGUGACGCAGAUUGAGGUGGAUGAGCCCAGGCAGUUAUCGAGGAGAGAGAGGGAGGAGAUUGAGAAGCAGAAAGCGAAGGAGCGCUACAUGAAGAUGCACUUGGCAGGGAAGACAGACCAGGCCAAAGCUGACCUCGCUCGCCUCGCCAUCAUCAGGAAACAGAGAGAAGAGGCAGCAAAAAAGAAAGAUGAAGAGAAAAAAGCAAAAGACGCAGCGGCAGCAGCAGCCAGAGGAGUAAACUCCCUCUCACUGAAAUGAUGCAGAGUAUUUAUCAGAGGCACUUUCACAUGUUCACGGACUGACGCAAUAUAUAUUUGACUAUUUUUAAAGAAGGAGCUAUGAUAUUGACAUUACUGUAACAUAUGACCAUUUGGAAAAUGGUUGAGGAGACACCAGUGGAGAGGGGUUGUAUAUAUUUUGGCAUGGAGUAAUGACCUCGUUGAUCCCUCCAGGAAGUAAAGCUACAUUUGAGAAAACAACGGUCUCCAUGUACACUUGGAAUGAACCUCUUCUAAACUAUGAUCUUGUACAUGGUAUUAAUAAUGGCAGACUUAUCAUUGUACACUUACAACUUUGCUAACUAAGCUUUGCCACUAUGUUUUUUGGGGGAUCUUACAUUGUAUAUAACAGACUCUUAUUUCAGAUUAAUAUGAUGAAACCAGUAAAAUGUGUCAAUUUCUUUUAUUUGCUUUAUUUCCCUGUGAUAAAAGUGUCGCAACUGGAUCAGAGCGACACCGGCCUCAGGUCCAAGAGUCCAUGUUGGGUCCACUGAUGAAUUAAAUGAGAUGAGUCGAUAUAUCGGCUGUUUAUUUUGGAAUAGAAGAAGUCGAAUCUGGCAGAAGGAUUUCGCUGCAGCAUUAAGAGGGAUUCAAUUUAUACAAUAAAUUAUUCCAAAAAACCAAAGAGGACUACUGGAGAUAAACCUGUUAAUAUGAAGAUGAUGAUGAAUGUCUUAGCGGAACAUGAAGCAGAAUUUGCUUUGUUUUAUUUAUUAGCCAGACGGGAUUAAAGAGUAGGAUUUAGUCUAUGGGUCAGUAUGUAUAAAACUGCUCAGUGUGACAUACUUUUGCUCUUAUUCUUACGAUUAAGGAUAAAAUGUUAAUAACUGGUCUUCGCAAAUUAUUUAAGAGGUCUGUUAAAUCAGUUAAAGGGGAUCAGCAGCUACACAGUGUCUAUAUUUUGGAAAUGUAGGAUGAUAAGUUAUUAAAACACAGGUGUGUCCACACUCGCCAUACAGCGUUAAUAUGUUCAUGAGGACUGAACAUUGAUACAAUGAAAUGUUUAUAUUUCUGGUCUUUCCCAAUGUUCACAUUAACACAUCCAUAUCAAUGAAAUGUGCAAUAUGUAAUACAUCAGCUGAGCUGUGAAGAGACAAUAAUAAAACAGAGAAAUGACUAAUUAAAGAAACUCUAAAUGAA